GGCAAUACUGUGAGGUUUUAUGGGUUUUAUGGGUCGUAAUAGUCGGCCAUAUCUUUGCCAUACAUUCAGCACAAGGUUUACAUUGGCUUUCAAUGUGUACUUCACAUACAGUAGGGGUUUGUUUGGUCUUUCAAUUGUGAGCAAACACUCAAUGCAUUCAUCCCUCGAAAUGGCAUCGAUUUGGGCCUAAAUUAAGGUCAUAAUUGGCAUCGAUUUGAAGACAUUUUCUAAUAAAUGCAUUCAAUGUCUGUAUUUGUCAUUGAAAUCAAGUCAUAAAACACACACACAUUGAAAAUGUAUUCAAAACUCAUGUCGUUUUCAACAUUUUGUCUUCACUUCAAUCACACAUUAAGUCCUUUCAGUUGAGAAUCACUAUCGAAACCCAUAUAAGCAUUCAUUUAGCGAAACAAGUAUUUAAUAAUUAAUUAAAUUAAUAUUUAAGUUAAGAAACGAUUAGAAAGUGUCACUAAAAGGGACAUUAAAACUGAGUGUUCAUUAAAAGCACAAAAUAUACCCCAAAAAUGUCUUCACAAACGCAAACUCAGAUCCACUCCCAGACGCGAUCACAAUCGAGAUGUCUUUCGCCGGUCUUUCAGUCACCGAAAGACGAAUCCAAUCGAAAGCAACUGAAGACCGAAAGAUAUUCCGAUUGCAAGACAAACGCCGACUCGAAGGACAAGAAGAAUGAGACCAAAGGUGAGGACACGGAUGAGGACGGGCCGGCUAAGCGUCUUAGGCCGCGUCGGAGUACCCCUAAAGCGGUGACCCCUUCGCCCGGCAAACGCUUCUCUCCGUUCACAGCAAUGAUGAAUAGACUGAAGACUCUGAACAACGGGUCGGAAGUGAAACGGAAACUCCUGUUCAACAAACAAAAGGUCUAUCCGUCGACUUUCAACUCGGAUGAGACGGUCCCCAACACUCGACUCAUACCUCCCCGCUCUCCCAGUUGUUCCGUCUGUGAAGACAUAUUUGUGUCGCCGUUUGUGCCCAAGAUAUCGACUAAAGAGCUCGAAGCGGACAAAACAUACGGCGCUUACUAUCUGUCGCUCAAAAUCAUUUGCAGAGAAGACAUUGAAGUGAAUGACCAAAAGUACAUGAAACUGAUCGCUACCGACGCCAACAUCGAUGAUGUCUGUCAGCCCUCCACCUCUAAGUCUAAUGGAACCGUUGUCUGUGAGCCAAAGAUAGCGAUCUAUUUGUACGAUCCGUACGUUAACUGUAGAGCAGAGAACAACAAAGUCAUAAAUAUUGUUAAGUUUAAGACCCAAUCAAAAGUCGGUGACAUAGAGGCCAUCGGCGGUGACUUUUCGUUCGCUAUUGUCGUCCAAUCGCAAGUGGAGGACAAAUGGGUUCCCUUUGUAUCGAUAACCAACACAUGGAAGGCACCGGAAGAUCCCAAAGAACUGAAUAAGACUCUGUUUCAGGGACCCACUGAAUCCAUACGUAAACCAGAGUUGUUCUCAUCGAACACCACUAAGAAGUGACCACUUUUUAUCUGUACAGUAGCUCUCAUUAUCUGUUUUUUGAUCUCAUCUUUAAUUUUUCACGAAACAAAUGAAACAAACAGAUUGUAUACAUUUUCUAUAAGAUAUUCAUAUCUUUUGUUUAUAUUAUAUAUUAAAAGUGCAUAUAUAUCUAGAUUUAGUCCAAUUUCACGACCAUUUUCUUCACCUGUUU